GUGUAUGUAUGCGUGUGUGUGUAGGUGUGUGUGUGUGAUGACGUAGGAGCUGCUGAAUCUGGUUUGGCAGGAUCUGAGGAAAGGCUGAGCGAGAAGAGACAGAUCCUGAAAGGCGGAAAAGAGCUAAAUACUUUUUACUAGAUGUUACGUGCUUAACUUGAAGCUGUUGUAAACUGAUUGUUUCCUGGUGGUUUUGGCAAGUUCCAGAGUUUAAGAAAAGUUUCAGCACCGGGGGGUGCACUUUUCAUCACCGAGGCAGGGAUGAACUGGUCCGGACUUGAGAGUCUGUUGAGUGGAGUCAAUAAGUACUCCACUGCAUUUGGGAGGAUUUGGCUAUCCAUGGUGUUUGUCUUCCGUGUGCUCGUGUUUGUAGUAGCAGCACAGAGAGUUUGGGGCGAUGAGAGCAAAGACUUUGUGUGCAACACACGGCAGCCCGGCUGUACCAACGUCUGCUAUGACCACAUCUUUCCCAUCUCCCACAUCCGUCUGUGGGCACUGCAGCUGAUCUUUGUCACCUGCCCAUCGCUAAUGGUGAUGGCUCACGUUAAAUUCCGAGAAGGGAAGGACAAGAAAUAUGUGGCGCUGCAUCAGGGCUCUCACUUGUAUGCAAACCCAGGCAAGAAGAGAGGAGGGCUGUGGUGGACCUAUCUGCUUAGUUUGGUCUUCAAAGCUGGCUUCGACGUCUCAUUCCUCUACAUCCUGUAUCGGAUUUACCAUGGAUAUGACCUGCCAAAGUUAUCCAAGUGUUCACUGGACCCGUGCCCCAACACUGUGGACUGCUUCAUUAGCCGGCCAACUGAGAAGAAGAUCUUCAUGUUGUUUAUGGUGGUGUCCAGCGCGCUGUGCAUCUUCAUGUGUAUUUGCGAGAUGAUUUAUCUCAUUGGCAAGCGCAUCGCCAAACAACUGAAGGUCCGACAUGAGAAUGAAAGGAUGCUGUUUGCUGACCAGCACGAGCUCACCAACAUGGCCCCACCCCGGUCGCUGUACAGGAAGACUGAUCCAACACUAGGAGGGAGCCAACUAAGUUUAAACAAGAGAGAGAAGGCCAAAGAAAUCGGUGCUACUACAACAUUGUAGACAUCCAGAAAAGAUUUUUCUUCUGAUGGAUGAAUACACUCGUCAAACACAAGUUAAUGCAUAGAACAGACUGACUAAAAACACGCCGUGGGAGUUUUUAUUUUUAUUUUUUAAAAAGGACUAGCAUUGCUUUGUUUGGAUAUCAGAUUUCUUGCUCUUUUCUUCAUCUCUUAUCCAGCAGCUGACUUUUAUUGCCCAAACAACGAGGACAGUUGGAAUUACCCUGCACGCCAACAUCCAGCAUUAUUCCUUUCAAAAAUCACACAUGGCACUUGGGCUGAAAAGAUGGAGGACCUUUAAGGACCUUUAUGGUGCCAUUAUGUCAAAAUCAAUAAAAAGAAACUGCUAUUUGCAGAGGCUCAGGGACUGCCACUUAAGUUUCAUCUUCUUGAUCCCAUUUUCGAUUUUGUUCGUUGUUUAGUUUUUGUUCUUUAAAGACUAACGACAUGCAACAAAUUCUAUUCGGAUGAUUUAUAUUACCGAUUUUACCUUUAUAUGCCACCACAAUGGAUUUGAAAUACAACAUUCAACAUGUAAUUAAAGUGCAGACUUUCAGUAAUGUUAUUAUUAUUGCUGUAGCAUGGAUUCUACUGAUUAUAAUCCCUCAAGGGUAUUAUUACAUUGAAAUGUUAGUUGAAAAGGUUUCACAGAAGUAUGACAUUUGCCAUUGAGGAAUCAGAGGAAUGGAUGUACUCCAGCCAAUAAAAGGCCAUACAAUAGAGCCAUCCGAUUUGCGAGGGUGAUGUUCCAAGACACCAAAAAAUGUGAAUAACGGACACGCCCAUAAAAAACCCUAAAAUGGUCUAUUUUUUUAUAUGCCUUUUAUUAUUAAACAUAUUUAAAAUUUAGUUUUAAAGUCAGCAUACAGUAUACAAUAUUGUACCUACAAACAGUGCAGUUAGGCAACAUCACUUCUUAUCAAAGCAUAUUGAAAUAUUGAAUGAUUUGACCUGUGAGACAGCGCUCGCUGCUAGAUUCAUAACUGCAGCACUGUUCCCCUUGCAGAUAGCGCCAUCAAAAUAUUUUCUAUUUAAGUUACCUUGAAAAAAAACAAAAGAUUUACAGUUCAGGGAUCUACUGUAAUUCAUAAAAGAUAAAUGCCAAAUUUUUGUGAAUCCUUUUAAAUUAAACCUCAAAGUCAACACUUAAUCACGCGUUGAUUGUCUUAUUUUAUAUUCAUUAUGGUGGCAUAUGAAAAAUCCUAAAAAUGGUGCCGUUGUCCAAAUACUACUUCCGUACCUAACUGUAUUAAUAAAUCGUGCUUACAGUGCAUAAAAUAUAGGAUAGUCUCCAAAAAUGCAGUUUGUUUUUACGUUUAAUCAGAUCUUCUGCUCUAGCUGAAAUUGCUACUGGUUAAAAGGUACAGUACUGUACAGCAGUGGUCCCCAACUCCCGGGUCGUGGGUCAUUUGGUACCGGGCCACACAGAAAGAAAAAAUCAUUUCCAUUAUUUCAUUUUUUAUGUUUUAUUUUGAAAAGUGGCCGGAUUCUCUAUGUUACAGCCAUCUCACUUGACGCAUGUCCAUUGUGCGUGUGCUAACUUUAUCUCAUGCUGAACAGAUAGAUUACUAAUGUAUUUUUUACCAUUUUUCUUUCACUUCAUAUUUGGUCUCAAAUGCUGAUACUAUGUGGGAAUGCGUAAAGGUAAGUUUUGAUGACUUAUUGAGUGCUAAUGUGCACAUUUGUCUCAAGUUAAUUCAUGCUAGCGCACUGCCUUUACCACACUCGUCAAACAGCGAUGUAGUAAUCUUUGUGGAAAAACUUGGCUGGAACUUGAACUGGUGGAUGGUGGGUCGGCAUUCAUUUUGUGCUUUUAAUUUGAUGUUAUUCAUGUCUUAGUUUUACACAAUACAUAAUAAAUAACAUAAAUUAGAUCGCUAUAAUGUGCCACCGCUUGUAGGAACACAGGUCGGUCCGUGGGUCAAAAAAGGUUGGGGACCACUGCUGUACAGUACAUUUGGCCUGUUGUGUAAAUACACUAGAGGGCGCUACACCUCUAUGAAAGACAGUCCCACACAGCUUGUGUUUAUAAAUCUGUUUUUUUUUAAGCUGUUUUUUUCAAUGCAAUGUUGAUGCUACUGAUGUGACUUUGAAGUCAAGUGUGUGUUUCAGCGUGAAAAUAGCGUUUUUUUGUGUGUGAAACAACCCAGAGAGGCAGAAUGUCCUUUAUUUCAAGGUGAACCCUUGAAAUGCAGCCUCAGCAGGCGGAGGAGACGUCAUGUGGAUGUGUCAUAUCAGCUGGCAUUUCUUGCUGGUUUACGGGACUAAGCAGAGAACACAAAACAUGACGCAGAAGCGCUCAUUCAGGGACACAAUAAAAGAUUGCAGUCUUAGCUGUAUCACAUAAACUGGAUGGUCUUUUGUUGCUGAAACAUUCUUUACAUCAGGGGUGUCGAAACUUGUUUUAAUGUGUUGUAACUAGACAGUAGUUAUGUUGCUGUUGUCCUUUCACACUGCUUAAUGAUAGUGAUGAAGUUAACAAUACUCCAACACAUGUCAACAUACAUGGACCGAUUACAAAAACGGGUUAAGAGGGCACUUUUCAGUAAUAAUAAUAGGAUAAUUGACUAGGACUUGAUCAAUUGGUAUGUCAUAUAUGGAACUGACUUAAAUGGGUCCUACUGUAAUUGAUGUCAUUUUCAGACUCAAUAUGCCAAGGGCCAAUAAAAUUAGUGCUGCCGGACGAAAAUGGCCCCCGAGCCGCACUUUGGACACCCCUGCUUUACAAUGUGUACAUUUAUACUGCGUUUGAACAUAGAGGAAACUAAGGAUGAUACUGCAGGUCGAUAUAUCACGACAUAUCAGAUGAUAUACAAAUAUGACCUGACUGGUGAGUUGUGAGUGUCGAAUUGGACGUUUAAUUAAGUGCGAUUAUCUUCCAGUCAGACAUAAUAACUACUGUGAGUACUGUAAUAACUACUAAUAACUACAGUGUUCCCUCGUUCAUGUGUUCCCCAAAAUAGCCCGCAAAAAGUGAAAUCCGCGAAGUUGACAACUUCUUUUUUUUACAAUGAUAAUAUAUGUUUUAAGGCUGUAAAAGCCCUCCCCAUACACUUUAUACACUUUUCUCAGACAGGCAAUAACAUUUUCUCACAUUUCAAUUUUAAUGAUUAACCGACAGGUCGGACACAAGAAAUUAUUAAGUCACUUACUCGUAUUUCACUCCUGUGGCUGCACCUUUUCGUCCUGGCGCCGUUCCGCUGUACUGUAGCGUCUUGUAUCCUUGUGUUGCUGCAGUACUCUUCCUGUUGCACUCCUCCUCCUUCGAACCGAAGAUUAAUUUACAAGCCAGCAAGCAAGCAAGCUAGCGUUGUGGCAGGGCGGCACAAAGGAGAUUAAUUGACAAUGGUCGACAGCCAAUCAGGACGCAGAAAACAAUGGGCGGUGCAGACAGAUGAGAGAGGGAAGAGAGAGAGAGAGAGAGAGAGAGAGAGAGAGACAGCUCCCUUUUGACAUACUUGCUGAAAAAGCCAGUUAUUUAUUAUCUGCUGAGUGUUUGGACUGAGACAAAUUGUAAAUAGCCACAUAUUUUCUUCUUUGACUGAGUCUGAAUCCACCGAAAAUUGGCAACUCACUUGUUAAUAGCAUUUAUCAUUCUUUGUCACUUGGUAACAUUAGAGUCAAUGCGUCUGUAUUAUUGACAUACUGUGCGCAAUGCGUAAAUAAGUCUACAAAACUUUGUUACAAAUCAUAUUUGGGAUAGUGAAAACAUUUUACUUUGCUUUUCAACACAGUGCAGUCUGACUUACGUCGUAAAUGCAAACAAAAAGAAAGAAUGGUCUUUUUAUUUUUCUCACUGUGAUUUGCGUCAUGAAAUUACACAACCCAACUGGAUAUGAACACCUCUGAUUCUUAUGGUUACAUCAUCAAACUUUCAUUUGUUACUGAAUGUUCUCUGUUCGAUACAACAUCGUUCAUUCAUGAAUGCUGCAGUUUGAUGUUGUUGAGGACUGCAAUGUGUAAUAUAUUGCUAAUUUAUAAACAGGGACCUAACCUGUAAAUAUUAUUUGUCUCCUCUUCAUUACAAGAAAAGCCAAGGGAAAUAGUGAUGUCAUGUGAUUUAGGUCGCAUUCAAUACAAUACAUCAAUAGCUCUACUAAGGGUAAACAUGUUUUCUCUAAGGUGUUCGUUGUUUUUCAAAUGUUGAUUUGUAUUUUUUCAAAUAAACACAGCAAAACAAGAGGA